AGGGAGCUAGUUGGAGGAAGAGAGAAGGGGAAAUAGAGAACUGUUGGGGUAUAUAAAGAACGUAUACACACGCGUUUAGUGCCACAAUAUGGUGUGGAUAAGUGGGUGUUAUGGCAUUGCUGACGAUCAUGGUACUACAGCAAGCGGUAUUAUUAAUAAGUCCAUAACGAUUGCUACUACUAAUAUUGUUGUUAUUGCUACAUCUACAAUCCCAGAUCACAGUGGCUUUAAGGGUUGUGUUACUCUUAUUACUACUAAUUCGGCAAGAAGUGGUGGUGUUGAUUUGGACAAUUCUAUCGACGGAGUGAAAAAGAAAAUAAAAUACAUACACUUCUCACUCAGAUAGUGAGAGGAACAAGACAAAAAAAAAUAUUCAUAUACACUAUAUAUAUAUAUAUAUAUAUAUAUAUAUAUAUAUAUACGAGGCACACACACACACACGCAUAUACACUCGCUUAUUCACCGUCACGGAGAAACGGUGUGAGUGGGUCGUUUGCCUGGAGAAUACUAGGGAUCUCUUAAAGGAAAGCCAGAACACACACAAGAAGUCUGCACAACAUUGGUUCUUCCGAUGGGUCAGUGGCUUUUCUGCUUUAAUACCAGCCAGCACAUCAGAAGAUUGUUAUAAUAUGACAAGGACUAUUAAAACAGCCUCAACAGCUACUGUAUACUACAUUUAUCGGCGACGGACUCCCGUUUGUAUAUUGUAUUUUUUUGUCCCCGGACUGGGCCACGUCUAUUAAAACUAAAACUUCUGUCCAACUAGAUUCGUCUUCACCAACAUCGUCUUUCAUAUAUUUUAAAGCUGAUUUUUUAUUUAAAGAAAAAAAGAAAACAAGAAAACCGGAAAGAAAAGUUUCAUAACGAAACAAAAUCAUGCAUCGUAUCUAUAUAUAUGAAUACGUAUGAACCAAAAAUUGUGGAACCAGGAGAAUAAUUUACAACCUUAAAACGUUAAUAGUACUGCUUUACUAUGCAUAUAGCAUUGGUAUAGUGUUGAUUUUCAUUUAUGAUCAUUCGUCAAUUUUUCUUUUGCUACUUAUAAAACAGUUUAUCGGCGAUUACAAGCACAAUAAUGACGAUAGCAACAAUAACUAUCGUUCUAAAGGAACUAAUACUUCUGCCUACAGACCUACACACGACUAAUAUGUGUGCACACACGCUCUGUAUCACUGAGAGGUAAGUCUGUCGAUCGAAUUUAAAAGAGACAAACUUAAACUAUUCGGAACGUCUCCUACAGAUCGCAAACAAAAACAUUUUCUUUCCCUUGGUAACAAAAAAAGAAAAAGAAAAAAAAGGAAGCGAAUGGGUACCAGAUAAAACAAAAACAACUAUGCAAGAAACAAUAUCGGGAUUAGGCUUGUUUAAUCCUUAUCUCUCUCUCUCUUUCUCCCUGUCGUUCUAUCAUCCCUAUUCACGCUUUCCCUCUUCGGAUGUUGGCAAUGGGUCAGGUAUAUAGCAGAUAACUAGAUAAAUGUAUGUAUGCUUCUAUAACAUUAUAAAGAUAUUUUAAAAUCUGGUUUUUACUUGAACGUGUAAUACGAGUUAUCUCCAGUGACGGUUGAAGGAGAGAAAGAGAGAGAAAGUGAAUGUGUGUGUGUGUGUGUGUGUUUCGUUCUGUGUAUGUGUGUAUGCGGCGUCAUUUCUUAAAAAGCUAUCUGCCUAGAUAGAAUUGACACAAUUGCGCUUAACACCAUUCAUCUCUUCGGCUGUCUUUCUUCGUAGUCUUUAUUUUCUUUUUAUUUACUAAACUCAUAUCCCCCUCUACCCAAAACGGUGUUUGUUGCUGUUUUCUUUCCUGCAUAGAUUUCCUCUAUUUGUUUUUUUCUCCCCUUUUUUCUGCUAGUAUUUAUUUCUCUCUCCGACUUGUGUGUGUAAAAACAUUACCUAAUUUCUAUUGUUGUUCGAGUUGAUAUAUCUGUCGACGGUCGAAUUCGGAAACUUUUAGCAUAGCACUCUCAUUUAUAAAUGAAGUAAAGUAAUUCUUAAUUUUAAAAGCCGACACUUGGUAUUCGGGCAAAGCGGUAUAUCUGCUUCAUAAGAAUCAAGACUCAUUAAAAUUAACCAUGAGCUUUUGUUUUUAACGCAUUGUUUAUUAAUGCUCAUGUUAUAACUAACAUCUAAUGAUAUUUUUCGUUCAUUUGUUUUAUGCUAAAUAAAACUGCAUUAAAUCACAAAUCUAAAACAGAAGACAAGCAGAUUAAAAAAAAAAAACUAAAGCAGAGUACUAUCAUUAUUUUCUAUUUCUCUUCACUCUGUUGGCAUGAAACAUUCUUUUUAGUGUUCCUAUCGACUAAUCUUAUUUUGUUUACUUGCCUUCCUGUCCUAGCUAAAUGCAGCCAGCAAGAUUAGUUGGAUCAAUACGACACUUUCAACGACUCAUGGGGAAAUGUUUUUGGCACAUUAAUGUUACACAGUAAAUAACUAUAACUAUAAAUAGCUCCUCGAUCAAGAAGUUUGUUAGGUUUUGCAUUUUCUUUCUUUUGUUACAGCCUUAUUCUACAAAUCUUAUUCUACUGCUGUGUAGAAUCUGAUGUGGGACAAUUCAACAUAUUUUUUUAGUGUGUUGUAGUGAUUUCUCACAUAGGCACAGGGUCAAUAACAAUACUAAUUGACUAAGUAGUCUGUUGCUUCUUUGCAUUCGGUGCAAUUAAUAAGGUAGUAAGAUUUUUAAAGUUAAUUUGCUGACACUGUAGAGAUUCCGUUUGCUUACUAGUUGUAUCUCCGCCCAUCCAUACACCCCACCGACACUAUCACCACUCUCCACCUUUUCUUUCUAUUACCAACACAGCAACAAUUCUUGCUAUUUCACUGUUUAUCUUCGCUCGCAUUCGAGGACUAACCAAAUACUUACUUCAAGAGUGUGAGAAAGAGAAAGAAAGCGGAGCAAUAACAUCAGCAACAACAAAGACUUAGCAACAAAACUAACUGCUGACUUUAAAAAAUUUGUUUCCUUCUCAAAACGAAAAAAAAAGAAGAAAAAACCUACACAAAACCCAAACAAAUAACAACUCUAAGGCGUCUGUCUGUAACCAGCCGUCUCUGAUUGCUUUCAUUUCUCGGAUAUUCAAUAUUAUUUACAUUGUUUGCCGACUCCUACCUCCGUCUGUAUUGGCAUUUACUUUCUUCUUUCCACGGAGAGACACUGGAGAGAAAAAAAGUGUCAAAAUGCAAGUAAAGAUUUGUUUGUUUGUUUCUUCUGUUGAUAUGUCUAUAAUGCAUACAGAAAUGCACCUUGUGUAAAUAAAUAAAUAAGAAACGAAAAAAAGACAACAUUGGAAAAAACGAGUAGAAUCUAAUUUACCGUAACAUGGAUAAAUCAAAUGAGUAAAUAAUAGUUAAUCGCAAAAAAAAGUUUAAAAAAAUAGAAAAGAAACUUAUUGUUUAUUUCGAUACAAAAACGAACAAAAGACAAUUUAUGUUUUAUAUUUACCACAUGAAAACAUUCCUACCGGAGUCUAGUGUUACUACUUGCAUACGGACUGUUUUGGUGUUAUAACUAAUUCCAUCACCACGAAGCCAUGCAUCCUGCCAAAGUUAUUACACAGGUUUCAAUUUUUCGUCCAACAUAUUCUGCAUCCUCCACACUUCGGACGUUCAUACAAAUGGUGCCCGGCAAACCGUCCAUGCCGUUCCAAACUUCUCUGUUAUUCAUCAGUAUUCUACUUCUAGGGUUUUUACCGUCCAGCAAACCAUCAUUAGUUACGGGUGAAGUCGUAAGGACAUGCGAUCCGAUUGAAAUUCCGACCUGCAAACGACAAGGUUACAAUGUCACGGGUAUGCCUAAUUUAGCCGGUGACGAUAAACAACGGGAUGCUCAGCUACAGCUUAAUACAUUCAGUCCACUUAUUCAGUAUGGCUGUAGUUCUCAAUUAACUUUUUUCUUGUGUUCCGUCUUUGUGCCAAUGUGCACAGAUAAAGUGAAAGAACCGAUCGGGCCAUGCCGACCUAUGUGUGAAAGUGUGAAACGGAAAUGUCAACCUGUUUUACAAGAGUUCGGCCUCAGUUGGCCUCACAUUCUCAACUGCUCUAAAUUCCCACCAAACAAUAAUCAAGACCAUAUGUGCAUGGACGGCCCCGGCGAAAAAGAGGAAGAUGAAAAUAAAGAUCACUUGGAACCAGAUAAAUCUGACAAAAGACCUACAAAUCCUGGUUGGAAACAUAUAACAACAUAUCCACAUUCACGCCCUUCCGGCAGCUGUUCUCACAAACGUCAUCCAGAGAAUUACAUCUUUGUCAAUCGAACUGAAAGAUGUGCCCUACGCUGUGGCAGACACGACGCUUUUACUUAUAAUGACAAGGAAUUCUCCGAUGUAUGGAUGGCCAUUUGGUCAAUUUUAUGCUUUUCCUCGACACUUUUUACCGUCUUGACAUUUUUAAUUGACUCUCAACGUUUCCGCUAUCCGGAACAGCCCAUUAUUUUCCUUGCUAUGUGUUACAAUAUCUACAGUAUCGCCUACAUUGUACGGCUUAUUGCUGGUCGACAAAAUAUCUCCUGUGAUGUUCACCGUGAAGUUCGCCGGGAGUACUCUAUAUUGAUACAAGAAGGUCUGGAGAAUACUGACUGUGCUAUUGUGUUCUUGUUGCUCUACUUCUUUGGUACUGCUAGUGCCUUAUGGUGGGUAAUACUUACUGUAACGUGGUUUUUUUCUGCCGGGCUCAAGUGGAGCCAUGAAGCUCUUCAGGUUCACAGUUCUUACUUUCAUUUAACAGCAUGGGCUAUCCCAGCCAUAAAAACAAUCAUAAUUCUUAUCAUGCGUGAUGUGGAUGCUGACGAACUAACCGGGAUAUGCUUUGUAGGCAACCAAAACGACAAUUCAUUAAUCGGGUUCGUCAUCGGACCCCUUGUAUUUUACCUGUUUGUGGGCACAGCUUUUCUUGUAGCUGGUUUUAUAUCGCUCUUUGGAAUACGACGGCAGGCCCGUAACGGCGGUGUAAAAACAGAUAAGCUGGAAGUGCUCAUGGUAAGAAUAGGGGUAUUUUCAGUUCUUUAUACGCUGCCAGCCACCUGUGUUAUUGCCUGCUUGUUCUACGAAUACACCAACAGGAAAGACUGGUAUUCUGCCGGUUCUACGUCCAAACCGAGCAUAGAGAUUUUUAUGUUGAAAAUAUUUAUGAAUUUAAUCGUUGGUAUUACCAGUGGCAUGUGGAUAUGGUCGUCGAAGACUAUCCACUCGUGGCGGAAGUUUGUCGGACGGUUUUGUUGCAAGCAGAAUGAAAGAAAGUCCAUUGAGUACAGUAUACCUAGUCAACAGUACAGAAUUAUUUCAAAACCUACACGGACGAUUCGCAUCGACAAGACAAAACGAAGUAAAAGUGGUAGCGAGACUGUUGUUUAGAAAUAUGUAUGGAUGAAUCUGUGAGUGUGUGUGUGGAUGCAUAUUUUGUUGUGUCUGACACAUUGCUGUAAAUAUACAAUGCUACCGAUUCUGUUGACAAUUGUGUAUAGAAAUGUAUGAGUCGAGUUAUACAGGUAAUUAUGUAUGUAUAUUUGUGUGAGUGUGUGUGUGUCUGUGCGCAUCUAUGUAUAUAUACGUAUGUAUGUUUAUAAAUGUAUAUAUAUAUAUAUAUAUAUAUAUAUAUAUAUAUAUAUAUAUAUAUAUAUAUAUAUAUAUAUAUAUAUAUAUAUAUAUACUGGGAGUGUUAGAGGCCUCUGAAUGGAGUCUUAGUAUAAAACAAAGGAAAAAGAAAAGCAAAAAGCUACAAUUGCUGAAGAUGUACUAUCUGGCUGUUCUCUAUCUCGUCUUCUGGAAGAGGAAAUCUUGAUGAAGAAAAACUGUUUCCUUUUAAAAAGAAGGAAAACGAAAUUUGCUUAGGGUUAAGUGAAUAAUGCUGUCGUUUUUAUCGAUAGUCGUUCCUUUCCUUUUUUUUAUUUUUUUUUUUUGUUUUUCGUCUAUUUUAUAUAUAUAUAUAUAUAUGUACCGAAGGCUCUCAAUUUGCAUGGAAGGACAUGGUGCGCUCUCACCCACAUGGAUACAUUAACAUUUACACACAUAAUAUACACAUUGAAAUAGUUUCUAACGGUAAAAGAAAUAUAUAUAUAUGUAUAUAUAUAUAUAUAUAUGUAUAUAUAUAUAUUCAUAAAGUAUAGUUCAAAAGUUAAUCAGUUUGGUCGCCUUCUGGUGACAUAGGCAAUCAUUUGUUAAUUUAGUGUGACCGUCAACUAUUUCACUUCAUUCCUGUUCAUAAAUUCAUCAUCGUUUGGGAACUUGCAAUCAACAACAACUAUUACAGCAACAUCUAGAGCUGCAGCAACACCAUUGAUAACAAUCAUUAUAACUACAUUAACAAUCACGAUCACAAGCUAAACAAUCAAAAAAACGUUUCUUUUACAUUUAUUUAUGUUAUUAUUUAUAAAGCUAUUUAUUUUUCAAAUAUUUAAAUUUGAAGUAAUAUAUGUACAUGUAUUGUUUUUAUAUGCAGAUGAGAAUGUAUGUACACAAUAUAUAGUACAAAUAUAUACAUACAAUACAUAUAUCUAUACAAGCUUGUGUAUAUAUAUAUAUAUAUAUAUAUAUAUAUAUAUAUAUAUAUAUAUAUAUAUACACAAAUAUUUGCAUGUGUAUAUUUGAGUCUAUAUAUUUGUAUGUUGUGCACAUCUAUAUGUAUGUGAGUAUGUAUGUGUGAGUGUGUAUACAUAGGCGUGAGUAUAUAAACGCAUAUCUAUGUAUAUAUAUAUAUGUGUGUGUGUGUGUGUGUGUGUAUGUAUAUGUAUAUAUA